CACUUGACAGAUUUUGAAUCUAGUGCGCUCCAACGUUCGAAUACACCAGGAAUCCUCGUGAUUCAUCAAACGGUCACAAUUUUACCAUGUGAACUUCUUUAAAUUAAUCCAACCCUUUUUCAUCAUCAUAAAAUUUCUAACAAGCUUUGUUUUUCCUAUGUAACUAUAAAUAAGAGAUUGCAUACAUCACAAUCUUGCAUGCAGAGAUUUCUAACAGAAUUAUAAUUUUGAAACAACACACUUCAUCAUUAUAUCUUACCUUGCUGUCUACGUGAAACAUUGGAAUAAAUCAAUGUCGGAUUGAUCCCAACUUCAGAGAAAAAACUUAAUUGAUCAAGACCCACCUUUCAAAAUGCAAUUUUUCACAUGGGUAUUCAACCUUGUUCUGAUAUUUUCAUUACUCAGCAACUUUUUCACAGAAAGUGCUUCAUCACAAGAGACUCCUCCAAUUUGUUCAGAAGAAGAUAGAGCUUCUCUUCUCAGCUUUAAAGCAAGCAUUUCGAGCGACACAACAGAUACUUUAUCUACAUGGGUAGGCCGAGAUUGCUGCGACGGAGGGUGGGAAGGAGUUCAAUGUCAUCCAUCCACAGGUAGAGUUAAUGUGUUGCAGAUACAAAAUUCUAAUGUUAGAGAUAGUGGCACUUAUAUGAAGGGCACUCUUUCUCCAGCACUUGGCAAUUUGCAUUUCUUAGAGGUAUUGAUGAUAAGUGGGAUGAAGCAUAUUACAGGACCAAUUCCUUCUAGUUUCUCAAAUUUAACCUACCUCACACAUCUUGUUCUUGAUGAUAAUUCACUUGGAGGGUGCAUGCCUCCAAGCUUAGGUCGUUUGUCCUUACUUCAAACAAUUUCAUUGAGUGGUAACCAUCUGAAAGGACAGAUCCCUCCAACAAUAGGGAAUCUGAAAAACCUUGCUCAAAUUAAUAUAGCAAGAAAUUUGCUGUCAGGUCCUAUCCCACUAAGUUUCAAAACCCUUAGAAAUUUGAAUUACCUUGACCUCAGUUACAAUUUGUUAUCAGGGUCUAUCCCUGAUUUUGUUGGGGAGUUUCAAAACUUGACUAAUCUAGACCUAUCCUAUAACCUACUGACAGGAAAAAUUCCAAUUUCCUUGUUCAGCCUUGUCAACCUUUUAGACUUGUCCUUGAGCUAUAACAAGCUCACAGGAUACAUUCCAGAUCAGAUAGGAGGCCUGAAAUCCCUAACAACUCUUCAGCUUAGUGGCAAUCAGCUCACAGGGAAUGUUCCACUAUCCAUAUCAAAACUGCAGAAACUUUGGAACCUUAAUGUAUCAAGAAAUGGACUCUCAGGUCCCUUACCAGCAAUUCCUAUCAAGGGCAUUCCUGCCCUUUUGUCCAUAGACCUGUCUUAUAAUAAUCUCAGCCUGGGAAGUGUACCUGAUUGGAUCAGAAGCAGGGAACUUAAAGACGUGCGUUUAGCCGGGUGUAAAUUGAAGGGAGAUCUUCCACAAUUCACCAGACCAGACUCUUUGAGCUCCAUAGACCUAUCAGAGAACUGCCUGGUUGAUGGUAUUUCAAACUUCUUCACAAAUAUGUCAAGUUUGCAAGAGGUCAAGCUCUCAAACAACCAGUUGAGGUUUGACAUUUCUAAAAUAAAAUUGCCAUCUGAGUUGUCUUCACUAGAUUUGCAUGGAAAUCUAUUGAUCGGUUCACUGACAACAAUCAUAAAUAGCAUGACAAGCAGCUCUUUGGAGGUAAUUGAUGUAUCAAAUAAUUACAUUUCUGGUCACAUUCCAGAAUUUGUAGAAGGGUCAAGCUUGAAAGUGCUAAACUUGGGAAGCAACAAUAUCUCAGGUUCAAUCCCAGAUUCAAUUUCAAAUUUGAUUGAACUAGAGAUGUUGGAUAUUUCAAGAAAUCACAUAAUGGGAAAAAUCCCUUCGAGUCUAGGUCAGUUGCAGAAACUACAGUGGCUUGAUGUAUCAAUAAAUGGAAUAACAGGUCAAAUCCCAGGUAGCUUAUCACAGAUAACUAAUCUAAAGCAUGCAAGUUUCAGGGCAAACAGGCUGUGUGGAGAAAUACCACAAACUAGACCAUUCAACAUCUUUCCACCAGUUGCUUAUGCCCACAACUUGUGCUUAUGUGGCAAACCUUUGGGGCCAUGCAAGGGAUAGAAAUAAGGGACAAUUGGUCAGUGAGAUGCUGACUAAACUAUAAUAUAUUUUCAUGCCUUAUGACCAUUGUUACACGAGAUAGAUUAGGCUCCACCUAUAUUAAUUAUCUUUCAUUUCCAGCUAGAGCAGCACAAUGCUUAUUGUUUAGUUCAAUUUAUUCACAAUUCAAUAUUAUUUUGAAUAAUAAUGUAUUGAUUUUUAUUUUUACAUGUUAUAUUUGAAGUAAAGAUAGUCCUA